AUGGCGUACACGCAGUCCCAGGCCAUGAAGAAGGAGUUUGCGCUCCCAAUGGUGCCUGGCAUGACAUGCGGCGAGGAGAUGCUGCGACGCAACUACCACCGCGUGCAAAUUCACGGGGAAAAGUACGACACGAUGACGUCCACCAAAAGCGUGCCGAUUGACAUGACCCGGAGCAACAUGGAGAAGACGUCCACUGCUUGCAAGGCUGGCGCGGACGCCCUGGCCACCGGCACGGGGUCAUCGUGGGAGGAGGCCAGCCGCCAGCAGGGCGGCGGGGCGGACCUCAGUGGGCGGGUGCUGCGCUUCUACGGCUACACGAAGGAGCAGGUGCCGGAGAGCGCCGUGGAGCGGGACCGGCUGCGCAAGGUUGUGCUCAACGUGUUCCUGGAGGACAACACCAUGAGCGUGACGGAGCAGAGCCCGGACAACUCGGGGUUUGCCUUCCCCCUGGCGCUCAAGCGCCACAUUGUGCCCAUGCCCGACGGCACGCCCAUCACCUUCGCCGAUCUGCGCGUGGGGCAGGCAAUCAGCUUUUACGGCCGCACGUACAAGUUGUACGACGCCGACAAGUUCACCCGCGACUUCUUCAAGGAGGGCGGCGUGGAGCUCGAGCCGGCGCAGGAGGUGCCCAUGGACGCCUUCACGCUGCAGCGUAGUCGCCCCAUAGCGCGGGCGCACGACGUGCGCUCUGUCGCGGCCGACAGCCCGCUAAACUGUACCCUCUUGCCGGAGCAGGUGCGGGCGGCGCAGCAGUUCCUCGAGCACGACGGCGAGGUGCUGCGCUGCGACUGUGUCUGGGACGACACCGAGGCGCUCCACGGCGUGAAGCACUUCUUCACCCUCUACUACUUCCUCGCGGACGGCAGCAUCGCCGUGGUGGAGAAGGACUUCCCAAACAGCGGCCGUGACCCGUUUCCGCGGUACUUCCGUCGGCAGCGUGUGGCGAAGCCGGCGGGCGACGGCAAGUUUGACCCGCAGACGCUGGGCUCCAACACCUUCCGGGAGGACAAAAACACGGUGUACUACACCGACGACGACAUUCGCAUCGGCAACGUCCUCAACCUCUACGGCCGACUUGUGCUCAUCUGCGACUACGACGAGUUCACGCGGAGCCACCUGCGCAGCAAGUUCGGCGUCACCGCCUACGAGCCAAUACCGGGGGGGAAGAAGCCACCAGCGGUGCCCAUUGGCUGCUACAGGCGAGAUAAGACGGCGCAGGAGUUGGAGGAAAUGCAGGAACGCAAGCGUGCUGAAAAUCGCCUGCGCGAGUUUGCCGACGGCGUGGUUAAAUUUCUCAUGCGUCUUGACAAUGCCAAGUACGACGAUGAGAUUCGUCGCUUUGUCCUGGCAGUGUACCCGGCCGAUAACACCAUCUCCAUCUUUGAGCCCGUGCAGCGAAACAGCGGCAUCGUGGGCGGAAGAUUCCUGCAGCGUCAACGCUGCAAGCGCCCGGAUGGAGAAUAUUACACGGCGCAGGACUUCUUUGUUGGGGCCCACCUGAAUAUCAAUGGCUUUCCGUUUGUUGUGCUUGCCUCGGACGAGCGCUCGCUGAACUACAUGGAGGCAAACUACAAGGAGUUCAGCCGCUCGAACAUUAACCGCAUCGUGCGCAAGCUUCGUGCGAUGCUCACAAGCAAGCAGACUGGGCUCGUUGAGGCCUUCCGCGCGGCAGAUGAGGCGAAUAAAGGCGGGCUCCAGAUGGACGUCUUUCUGGAGAUUAUGCAACGGCUCCAACUGGACCUCUCCGAGCAGGAGAUUCUGAGCAUCCUGCGCUACUUUGACAAGCAUGGCGAGUCGUACGUCUCCUACGAGGAGUUCGUGGCGCGCGUGAUGCCGGAGGGGGACGCCGUCGCCUCCGACGACCGCCCAUGGGAGGAGAUUGAGAAGGAGAGCGCCGAGAAGGAGUCGGUCGUGUUUGUGGCAGACCCACGUAUUGAUGAGGAAAAGCGGGCACGGGCGGAGGAGACCGCGCUGGCCGCGCGUGGGGCGGCAGAGCUGCUAGUGCUCUACGACCAGCGCCGGCAGCUUGUGCUGAAGGAAUUUCGCGCCGUGGCGGAUUACUCCACGGAGAGCGUCAUUGGGCCAAACGAAUUUAAGAUGUGUAUACGCAAGAGGCUGCAGAUGCACAGCAUGCCCGAUGCCGAGCUUAACGCCCUCUGUGCGAAACUGUUUCCAAAGGAACUGCCACGGCUGAGUCUGGAGGAGCUCGUCCGCGUGUUCAACGGCACCUCAUCGCUGCCGCGAAACCUCUGCGAGAUAAAGCAGGGCAUCUCCCGCUAG